AUGACUUUUCGUUUCACAAUAAAUACCAAACAUGUGCUGAGUUUCUCUUUAGAUAAGACCAAAUCCUUGAAAUUUUGUGUAUGUGGUUGGUUGAUCUAACUCGACCAACUAUAUUGAUUCUGUCCCCAUUUCCCUUUAAUUCUGUCUUUACCACACCACAACACUAAUCAUAAAACGUCACUGUUUGUCUUUGAUUUUGAAUUCGUCAAUAUCAAAAUGGGUAACAAUUCCUCUGCUCAAAGCUCAACACCUUCUUUGCCGAUUGAUUCUACCUUCAAUCUUCCUUCUCCAUUACCAUCUUGGCCUUCAGGAGAAGGAUUUGCGAAAGGGAGAAUCGAUUUGGGAGGUCUUGAAGUUAGCCAAGUAGAUACAUUUAACAAAGUAUGGACUGUAUACGAAGGAGGACAAGAUAAUCUCGGAGCCACUUUCUUUGAGCCGUCUUCAGUACCUGAAGGCUUUUCGAUUCUCGGGUUCUACGCUCAACCUAAUAACCGCAAGCUUUUCGGAUGGACACUUGUGGGAAAAGACCUCUCAGGCGACUCUUUAAGACCGCCGGUGGAUUAUCUUCUCCUUUGGAGCGGCAAAUCUACAAAGGUAGAGAACAACAAGGUUGAAACAGGAUACUUUUGGCAGCCUGUACCACCUGAUGGUUACAAUGCAGUGGGUCUAAUCGUGACAACCUCGGAUGAGAAACCUCCUCUAGACAAGAUCCGUUGUGUCCGUUCCGACCUGACCGAUCAAUCCGAGCCUGACGCUCUGAUAUGGGAAACUAAUGGGUUUAGCGUUUCGAGUUCUAAACCUGUUAACAGAGGAACACAAGCCUCUGGAGUCAGCGUUGGCACGUUCUUCUCAAACUCUCCAAAUCCGGCCUUACCUUGUCUGAAAAACAACAACUUCGAUUUUUCUUGUAUGCCAAGCAAGCCCCAGAUCGACGCUCUGUUUCAAACUUACGCCCCUUGGAUCUAUUUCCACAAAGAUGAGAAGUAUCUCCCAUCAUCUGUCAACUGGUUCUUCAGCAACGGUGCCUUGCUUUACAAGAAAGGUGAUGAAUCAAACCCAGUUCCAGUUGAACCAAACGGUUUAAACCUUCCCCAAGGUGAAUUCAACGACGGUCUGUAUUGGUUAGACCUACCUGUUGCUUCUGACGCAAGAAAACGAGUCCAGUGUGGUGAUUUGCAGAGCAUGGAAGUGUAUCUGCACAUAAAACCUGUUUUCGGUGGAACAUUCACAGACAUAGCCGUGUGGAUGUUUUAUCCGUUCAACGGCCCGUCAAGAGCCAAGCUCAAAGCCGCUUCAAUCCCGUUGGGGAGAAUCGGCGAACACAUUGGAGACUGGGAACAUUUCACUCUUCGAAUAAGUAACUUCAGCGGCAAGCUACAUCGGAUGUAUCUGUCGCAACACAGCGGAGGAAGCUGGGCUGAUGCUUCCGAGAUCGAGUUUCAAGGCGGAGGAAACAAACCAGUGGCUUACGCUUCUUUGAAUGGACACGCAAUGUACUCAAAACCGGGACUUGUGUUGCAAGGCAAAGACAAUGUGGGGAUCAGGAACGAUACUGGAAAGAGUGAAAAAGUGAUUGAUACGGCGGUUAGGUUCAGGGUUGUUGCAGCAGAGUAUAUGAGAGGAGAAUUGGAGGAGCCGGCUUGGUUGAAUUAUAUGAGACAUUGGGGACCAAAGAUUGAUUAUGGUCAUGAAAAUGAGAUUAGAGGUGUGGAGAAGAUUAUGGUUGGGGAGAGUCUUAAGACUACGUUUAGGAGUGCGAUUAAAGGAUUGCCUAACGAAGUUUUUGGAGAGGAAGGACCUACUGGUCCGAAGUUGAAGCGGAAUUGGUUAGGUGAUGAAGUUUGAAUCUCUGUCAUUUAAUUAUUUUACUGUUUUUGAAUCUCUUUGUUUGUAACAGGAAUUAAUCUUCGUUGUCACUUGACCCAUAUUUACAAAUUUAUAAUUCCUGUUAUCCCUCGUUAUUUGUUGUGACAAGAAAAUAAAAGGUUCAAAACAGCAUCUUAGAUAGUCUAGUCGUUUGGGCAAGAAAAUUGUUCGAGUGACUCGAGUCAAAAGCGGGCAUUAAUAUUGUUUUUGCACCUUUUAUUCUCACAUGCCCCUCUUUAAGAAAAUAAAACCUUUUUUCGUUUUGUGAUGUUUCGUAACCUUAGGUUUCCUUUAUAUCUCUUCCUGCC